AGGGAAGUCUAAGUACCUAACUGAUUACGUUUCGAUUAGCGAAGUUUGUCGUUUUUUCCGUAGUAGAGUGUUGAAGGUGACUACAGACCUUGUGAUAGAACAAGCUAAUAUAGAAUUUGUAUCUUGACGAUUAGAGCACCGACGCGUUGGAUUUUGAAUGAUUGGGAACAUCUAAACCAAGAGUAGAUACUUACAAGUGUAGAAGGAACAAUCUCAGAUCAGAGGAGCAACAAGAUGGCGCAGCGUCCCCCGAUCCCCGACAGCUUCUUCUGUCCAAUAACAAAAGACCCGCUCACUGACCCUGUGCUCUGCGAUGACGGGUAUACCUACGAGCGGGAGGCAAUAGCAACAUGGUUGCAGCAAGCUCGUCGCGAAAUCGACGACUGGACCGGAUUCCCAGCGCCUCCGCGUUCGCCGCUGACGAACCUCCCGCUGAGGUCUCUUACGUUGACGCCGAAUAUCGCUCUGCGCCAAGCCAUUGAGGCCUGGUUUGAUUGUUACCCAGAUAUGCGCGUCAAGCGGGCGCGAAUGGAUUUGCAGGAUGUCCGUGUGUUACGGUUUCCGGUUCCCACAUUGCAAUGGAUCCGUCACGACUGGGAAGGUUUUCCUUGGCUCUUUUUUUAGUACAUGUAAGAGCGGAGUUGUCGGGGAUGUUGUUCUGGUGUAGAGUGCUAUCUAUUGCGAUGCGUAGUUCUGAAGGAGCCUCUAACUGUGGCCGUGGAAUCGAUGCGAACGGAAGCGGAGGGCAAAAAUGAGCGGAGUCAAAGGCGCGCUUGUGAGUUGAGGCAAGUAAUUUUUGCACUAGAGGCCGACCGGGAGAGCUUAAUGAGAGAGCUCGAGAACGAGAAGGAGAUCAGUGAAAGGCUGAGUUAAGGCUACCGCUCGCCAAGCAUCUCCUCAAUAUCAUGAUCCGUGAUCCCUCUUUUUCUACUUGAAAGAGAAGCGCUGCUUCUGAGGAAAAUGCUUCUCAGGAAGUAUGCGAACGGGGUAGCUCUAAUUGAGGGGUGACCUGAAUCGCCUAAGGCACAGCAGUCAGGUUCGCCGACUUUCCGAUGGGUAUACGACCACUAGUACUAGGACGCCAACCGCAACGACAGCUACUAGUACUAGGGACGAGCGGAGGGAAGCGGCCGAGCCAUCCCGAAACUCUUCUGAUGGCCGGCGGAGGCUCCUAACUUCACCGUCGCUCCUCGACGAUUCACUUAGUAAUAAUGUUAAGGCUCGUGUUUUGUUGAGUAAAUGCCUCAUCUUUUGUUGAGAAGUUGACUUUUUUCUCGCUGCAGUGAUUCCGGAAAUGUAUUUCUGCUCUACUAGUAUUGGAAAGGAUGAAAGCGAAAGAUGAACUACGAAAAGCGCUAAGAACACUAGCGAUGAAGAGGCGCCUGAAGCUUCGUACGAACUUUCGGAAGCUCAGCUCCGGGGGGCUUCAAGCACUAUUAUGGAAGGUUGUCAAGAAUAACCCUAGGAAGAUCUCGCAUUUUGAGACAUACAGUUGCCAGCACUAGUGUAUGCUUAGAGACUAAACGGCUAUAUAGUAUACUUUCCUCGUCUUUUUACUCCCUUCGCGAUAAUAUGUAGCAACGAUCCUCUAUUGGUACAACGAUUCUCUCCUGUCAUAUGUUGUGCCGCUUCGUUGUCUAUUUCCAGGUUUAGAGAAUCUGGAACACAAGAAGUAGACGCUUAUGGUCCAUUUCCUUUUUGCUGACACUUUACAACACUGUUCUGCCUUUCAUCAUUUUUCUCCAGAGUCAGCAGAUCGAACUGCCGAAGGCCCUUACCCUGGAAGAAGCAGAAGAGAUAGACGCGUCGAGCCCAUAUCGCUAUUCGUUGGAGGUGCCGGACUCUCGCUUCUUUGAUUAAGAGUUUUAUGCCGGUAGAAGAGGGGAACUACUCGGGAUGCCAAGAAAUGGACUUCAAUACAAGAACAAUAGGAUAGUUUUCCCCUCUACAAACUUAGACUUAUCACGUGCAACAAUCAAUAAAAGAACAAUGAACAAUAGGAUAGUUUUAUUAGCAUUUGCAAUUUGUCUGCCAGGAGGGAAAGAGAACAUCAAGCGUCCAAGGGUAUAGUAAUUUUCUCACUCACAUACUCUAACAGAACGAUCCCGAGAUUUAUGCCGUGAGGUUCAUGGAAGAUGCCGACUGGCGUUCUUACUUCCGCGUCGAUUGUUUGCUCUGCAGAAAACAAUGCUGGGACUACAAUUAUGCCCGGACUGUUUAGGCGGCCAGUUGCCGAACUAUUUAGUUCAAAGAGUCGAAUGAUUGAGUUUUUCCAUCAAGUGAAGCAGCCGGCCCGUUUUUCCCUCUUUUCAUAGGUGUAUCCCUUCAUGCAAUAUAUCAGUCAUGGCUCCUCGUACUUGGAUGAAAGUACACAUUAUCAUGAUAUCAAGCGUUGAGUUAUCAUGAUUAAAGGGGGCAGCUACCUACCAACCUAUUCUCGCGGUUCAGUCACAAACCAUACACUGAGAUGAGGCAGCUUCGAACUAUAUAGUCUUCCCGUUGUAGAAUAGGCGAGUUGAUGAAACGCAAACAGAUGUAGAGGGUGAAGUUGUAUAACUACUCCUUGUCUAACUUAUCGGAGGGCACUGCACUUCGGUGCGACACCUGAGGCACGUGAGCUGGCUUAGACGAGGAUGGAGAUUUUAUGAAGAGUAGUGCGCUCGGUACCGAAAGUGCAUAGAUUUAGGAAAGCGUGCUCGCGCAACGAUCGUCAGGGAGUCGAUGAUGAAAAACUUCGGCCAACAUCUGAAGACGACGAGUCCAUAUCUUCCUCCAGCAACAUUCAUUUGGCCACCUAAACUUUUGGUUUGCAAAGAAGGCAUGCAGCAUAUCAACUUAAAAGGAUACUUUGAGGCAGUUUUAUUCGAUUGAUCCGAAAUAUUGGGAUCUACCCCGUCAUCAGCUGAAGCAAUGACAUUCCACUUGUAGACAGCCGGCCCCUUUCCCCAUGAUGCCCAUAAUUCCCGCCAGAACUGAAAGCAUUGUUGCAGAUCAAGAAUGCGGCCCUAUUCGUUAAC